UGUUUCUCUCAAGGUUACUAUGACUUGUUUCAUCCUUCUUUUUUUAUAUGCUGCUGAUGCCGUUUACAUCACAUCACAUUUUGGAGGUGACACAUCUUGUGGUCUUGAAAAGCCCAACAUGAAGGUCAUACCUCCUGUUAUCAAGAUCAAAAGUAGAUGGCACAGCUUUAUUUGUUCAGCACCUCUUUGCCAGUCAAGUAUGACAUGUCAUUUUUUCAAAGAAGAUGAUUCAGAACCUUUCCAUAUGAUGAGCUCUGAUAGUAACCAGUGUAAUUUCACUGUGACUGGUGGAGAGCUUUUGAAAAACAUGGACGUAAUGAGGGAAGAUUUAUAUUUCAGUUGUGAUUAUAAAGAUACUAUCACCAGUGCAGUCUCCAACAGAAGUGACAGUCUAAAAGUGAUCAAAAGGGAAGUGAAAGCUGAUAUUUAUAUACACACAUCAGAAAUUUUCUAUGAAGGCAGUGUCAUGGUUAAAUGUGAAGGGGAUCGGCGAGGAAGAGGAGUUUGCAUAUUUUAUAAAAACAAAAUUUCAUUCCAGAAAGCCACAUACAACCACCAUGGUAAAGCCUGCGUAAUUUCAGUUUUUGGGCUGGCACUGUUGAAUCAGAGAUCUGAGGAGAACCCUACUGAAGUAAGUCUGAGCUGUGAAAUUGAAUUGAUAACCAAAACUGGGAAAUGGACCUCUGAACACAGCAAUAUGGUGACGGUAAGGAUUCAAGGCAAUCUUGGAAAGCCAGAACUGGCAGUAACUCCUUAUGUGACUCUAAAAGAGAAUCAGAUUGAUUUAACCUGUGAAUUGCCUCGAACCUUCUCCAAUGUUGAGUGUAAUUUCUACAGAGGUAAUAACACAAACCCAUUUGUAUCAGCAAAAACAGACAGUGACAUUUGUGAAAGAUCUGUAAUGGGCCAUGAGCUGCUAGAAAGUGGAGCUACAGGAAUGGAAACUACGGUUCAGCUACGUUGUGACUACACUGUGACUCAGAGCCCUGAGAUGCAUUCACAGUACAGCGAGUACAUGAGCAUAAGGGUGAUGGAUAUUCGUAAACCAGAGAUAUCUUUCACUGACAAAAGUAAUACUUUAAUUGUCUGCAAAGCUCCUCCUAAUGUCACCAAAGUCCACUUCUACCUGUAUCAGGAGGGGAAGAAGGAUCCCAUUGACACUGUGGAGGGACAAGAGAAUCAGACCUCAGCUGUUUUUCAGCUGAAUAAGAACAAUGACAGCACAUUGGAGAGGCACUGGUGUCAGUACGAAUAUAAAGAUGUGAACUCAACAUGGAGUGAUUCAAUUGGUCCACAAAGUGGUUUAGAUAGUGCCUUAAUAACCAUGGGCUUGAUUAUUGGAUUAUUUUUCCUAUCUAUGGGCACUCUUCAUCUAUACGCAUUUUAUAUCAGCAGAAAAAAUGAAAUGGACAGACACAGGUGCUGAAGCACUCCUCUAAGCAGCCAGAAGUCAAAGAAAGUGCACUCGGUUAUAUUUAACAAAAUACUCAUUCAAGGCAUAAAGACAAGGACAAGUCUUGGAGUGGGUGUAACUUUAAUUCUAUUUAUUACUUGGUCUUGAAACUGCCACACUGAUUGUAUUGCAAACUGCUUUGCUUUAGUACAAAUUAGAAUUAUGAGAUUAAAUCUCAGAAAAUAUCAGUAUGUACUGUAUGUUAAAGAACUCCUGUAACGCUAAACAAUUUACACAAUUUCUUUAAACAAAUACUAGUUUCAUGUUAUAUUAUUGAUCAAUUCAUGUGGAAAAUAAGUUAACUAAACUGAAUAUAAUAUAGUUUUCCUCUCUCUCACUGAAAUCUUAGUUAAGAAAUCAAGCAAAAUGACACCUUUUAUUGGCUAACUAAAAAGAUUACAAUAUGCAAGCUUUCGAGGCAACUCAGGCCCCUUCUUCAGGUAGAUUUACUAAGCUUGAAAUCAUAGCAGUGUUAAGUAUAGGCCUUUGCAAAAAAGUGUAAAAUUCAAGCCAUAUGUAUGAAGAUAAAGCUGUAAAUAUUUAUUUUUUUUACUGCCUUUCCUGAAAUUUCUGAAUGUCAACCAAAACAAUUUUCCAAAUUUUAAAAUUGAAAAGAAUAACUUUCUGGGGUGGCAC